UGAGAAUCGAUGGCGCAGAGGCCCGCUUGACAGGACAAUAAACCACAAAGAAGGGCCUAGAAACCGGCUUCCCGCACCGUGAGGACGCAGCGAUGCCCCAGCAGAGGGAGGACCCGUCUCCGUCCCGCCGCCUCGGCCUGGCAUCCUUCCGCCUCCAGACUCAAAAGCCCGGCCACGACUUCCCAUGAGGCCGCUACUAGAACUCAGCUCGACCGAUCUGUAUGGGGCCUCUCAUAUAUGAAUUGACAUGGAGGAUGAAGAUGGGACUUGUCUACUUGAUGUUUUGUGUGACCCCCAAGCCCUGAACGACUUCCUUCAUGGGACCAAUGAGCUGCAGGCUGAAGACCUGCUCAUUAACUCCUCCUCUGGGGAGCCUUCCCUCUUCACAGAUGCCCCGAGUCCCGUCUCUCUGCUGGGAGAUGGCAGGGAUUCUCCAGACACACCUCCACCUGGGUGUGUGGACCUGUCCUUCCUGGAGGAGGCCCUCCUGUCAUCGCCGGAGGGUGGAGAAGACCCACAGGUGGAGCAGGGAGAAACACCCGUGGAGGUUGGAUUUGAGGCAAAGAAGGGAGAAGUGGAAGAAAUGGAGGAGGCAGAGGUGGCAUGUGAUAUCCUCCAGCAGAGCCUGCAGGAGGCUGAGAUCACAGAGCAGACCAUGGCUCUGGAGGCAGGUCUAGCCCAAUCUGGGGACAGCCUGUCCCUGUACUCGCCUGCCCCUCUCCUCUCUCCACCCACCGUACCAUUCUUACACAAGUCUGUGACCUUGCCUGUCACCCCAGUGUUGCCCAGAGACACCCAGGCAGCAGUGGAGCCCCCCCAGCCCUCCCUCCUGGCUGUAGGGCCAGGCUGCCCUUCUUUAAAACCUGCUGCCCCUCCUCAGCUGAUGGGUCUCUUGCCUGGAAAUGUGUUCCCUGCUGCUUCUCCAGAGACUUCCUUUUCUCUGAGUCCUGCCCAGGGAUCCAGUAUGAUCAUCCACAAGGCUGUUCCCAGUGUGACCAGUCGUCCUCUUAUCACUCCAACCCUGAGAGCAACAACAGCAGCAGCCCCGGGCAUCCUCCUGCAACGUGCCCCUCUUCACAUCCAACCCAAGCUGCCCAUCAGCAUUCAGCCCAGACUGGUUCAAAUUAGCCCAAAGCUUUCUGGGCAAAAACACACUCAAAGUCUUACUUUUGUCCCUGGGACUGCCUCACCAAAUAUUUUACUCUCCCAACCUCCAGGCCAAAAGCCUGCAGCUCCACCGCCGCAGCCCACCCAGCAGCUCCACAAACAGGUCAGCCUGCAGCUGGUCAACCAGGGCGGCUCCUUUGUGCUCCACCCUCAGGGACUCUUCCAAGGCCAAAGCCAAUUCCUUCUUCCAGGCCAGUCCCCUGUUACAAUCUCCCAGCCUGCCAGUGCAGCUCGAUCGCUGCUGAACCCCAGUCACCAAGGCCCAUCGGUCCACAGCCUGACUCCCUCUGCUGGGCAGCUCGUAGACGGCUCUCAGAUCCUAACUGUGCCACAAAGACAGCUGAACUUCAGCCCUGUCUUCACCACCCCUACAGGGCAGCUAGCACUCCGCCAGGCCACUGUGCUUUCAGGACCUUUGCAGCUACAGUCAGCGCCCCCUACUGUCUUCCAGAUGCCAGCACACCUGGCUGGAACCUACACUCCAGGAGGGCAGGGGCAGCGUGCAACCUUGGUCCACAGUCCAGCUCUUGGAAACCACAUUACCUUGAUCAACAGUUCAGGGGUGCUUCCCCCAGAUCUCACGUCCAUCUCGAUUGUUAAUGGCCCCUCAGUAGUUCAGGGGCUGCCUUUUGCUGCCCAGGCCCCGGCUCCUCAGACAGGAGUGACAGAAGGACAGCUGAGCCUCCAGCAAGCCUCCGUGGUGCUGCUGCCAGAAAGAACAAUUCAGGAGGAGAGGACCAGCUCAGAGGAGACCUUCCACCAACUAGCACAACCCUACGGACAUGUUCUCCAGCAUGUCUCGGUGCAGCCAACCUCUUCUGGGCUGCAGUCCUCCUCUCCUCCUGUGGUGACAGUCCUGCAACCUCCUCCUGAACCACCUCUGGUCCCCGAUCCAGCUGUGGAGAUCCCUAAACUUUUGAUGCCCCCAGCAGACAUGACCCAAGUAGUGGAGGAGGUGACCCACUCGAUGAGUCAGAACGAGGCCUUUAUGCAACAUCUGCAACAGCAAGCACUUAGUUCUCCUAUCACAUCCGAAUUGCUUGUCGGAUCGCUGCCUGUGGUGCCGUUGGAGACACUUGCCUCCCCAGUCGCCAACGAGAGAGACACCCAACCACAGACCCAUGCAGUCUCCGGUCAGGACACCCGCACUGUGAUGUCUGACCAAUGUGUCGAGGCUUCUCCGCUUCACUCAGACCCAGAGGACACGCCGCUGAUCUGCCCCUCGCCUCCCAUUCAGGACACCGAGAGACUAGCUCAGACGAGUUUCUCCCCUCCAGCUGGGCCUCGGAUCACUCUGCCUGGAUCUGAGAGUUCAGUCCCCCAGAUCACAGCACCCCAGCUUUGCGUCGAGCCCCAAGUCCAGUACCAGGUCACUCAUCAGCUCCAGGUUUCACAGGCCUUAUUUGGCCAGGACCAGGUACAGAUCCAGUCGUCCGUUUCCCAGUCUCUGCCCCAGAUCCAGGCCUCAGCUCCCCAGCUCCAGGUCCAGUCAUCUGUUUCCCAGCCUCAGUCCUCGGUCAUGAAUUCAGUCCACAGCAGUCCCUCCCCUCUGCGUGUCAGCGUCUCGGUGCCUCAGCAGCAGCCUGAUCCCAGAGCUGCUGGUCUCUCCAAAGGAGGAGACGACUCCGCUGUCCAACAGCACACACAAAACAAGCCAACAGCUGCCUUGGUCGUGGAGAGUAAAGCGUUUACUCUUGAUGACCAUCCACCGUCUCCUGCAGCUCAGGGUGUCCAGGUUCACGGGCCCCCAGCUCCCAGAGAGUGCGUCCCCAUCGAGACGAGCCAGCAGACCGGCACCAAGCUGGCAGGUCCUCUGGAGCAGCAGAGAGAUGAGAGGCUCACACCAGCAAUGCGCAGGCACAGGUUCCAGCAGCAGAUUUGUUUGGACCACGCAGCGGUUCAGACCCCCUUCACCGGCACAGCCUUUUCCACACUGAAAGAUGCUGUGAGAUGUCUGCUACCAUACCACACCUGCACUGGUCACCUGCCCACUCAGGAUGACUUCAAUUUAGUGGACCAGGAGUUUGACACUGUGUCCGGUUUCCUGCUGAAACGCACCAAGGACAUGGUCAACAAAUACAGGCAGCUACUGGUUAGAGAAGCCCAGCAGGAGAGUCCGUCAGCAGAGAUGGUGAUGCUGGAGCGCCUCUUCCUCCAGGCUGAACGAUGCGCUUUAGCGGAGGACAGACGGAGAGUCCGCAGGGACCCAGAGUCAUUUAUGAUGGCCUUGGCUACAUCAGCGUCUUCGCCCCAUGGCGCCCACUCCUCCGGUCCCUCCCAACACUACUCCUCUGGCAGCCCCUCCUCUCCACCAGCCUGGACCAGACUGUCCGACCGGCCCCCGGGACUCAAGACGUACCGCUCCAGCUCCCGUGGGGCUCUCAGGCUCACCAUCAAGCAGGAGUCUGGCUCCCGUAAAGUGGUUCACAACUCUGCCUGUGACCCGGGACUCAAGAGGGACCACAGGGGGCAGCUGACCAACGGCGGCGGAGCUGUGAACGAACACCACUCUCAGGCACCCAACGGAGCACCCCAGGGUCCUCAGCAUGACGCGGAGAUCUGCAACGGAGGUCUUCCUUGUAACACUGCAGCGGAUGUCCCACAGACAGCACCCGAUUCCAAGAUAAAAGCCCCAAAUCCUUUUUCUAUGCCAGAGCAACAGGCUGGUUGCUUCGAGUUGCCUCCCAGAGAUGUCAGCGCCCCAAAACUGAAAUGCUACAGGUUGGAUGCGUCGCCUCGGCCGGAGCAGCGGUUCAGCCCGCCGCCUCCUCCCCUCCCAGAGGACAACAUGCUCAGUGAACAUCUACAGAGUGCCAUCGACAGCAUCCUGGAGCUUCAGCGUCUGCAGGGCCCCUCGGCGGCCCAGACCAGGGCCACGUCAGGCCCUUCACUGGACCAGGCUGUCACCAGCAUCCUGGAGGGACACCUGUGAGGUAAUCUGCCCUGGCAGACGUCCACACAGAUACAGCAACAUCUGUCUGGUGAACUUAACUUCUUAUCUGUUCCCAGAACUAGAAGAGAUUUAAUUUCUGGGUUCCAGAGAUUACUUUUUAGGAACUGAUUGUUUGUUUGAAAGAAGGAAGGGGGGGGGGGAGAGGCACUAUAAAGAGAUGCAUACCAGACAACAGCACUAUCUAUAGUCUGAUAGAUGUUAGAUACUUCAUUUUGAUGUAUACGUUUGUGGAAAAAAAAUCUAUUUGAAUAGGAGCUAUAUUGUUUCAGUGGUAGUUAAGUCAUUCAGAGGUUUACGACACUGGUGUAACCUUCAUCAGCAUAUAGUAUAUAAGUAAUAGUGAGGAUAACGAACACGUGGCGUAGACUGAGAUUAUUCAAUAGUUUUUUAUAAGAUUUCUUUCAAAUAUGUGAAGUUUCUUUUGCAUAGUGCCAAGCUUCCAGGGUAUUUAUUUUGGUAAUCUGUGCCAAUUGUGUUUUCAAAUGAGUUGCAUUGAGAAAGGCAGUGAGUGUGUGACGAGUGUUUGUGUGUGUGUGUGUGUGUCUUUAUUUGGAUUAGUUUGUGUGGAUCUUAAGAGAGUGUGUGUGUGUGUGAAAACAUUGCAUCCUGCGAUGGGACGGUACAUAAAACCCCCGCAGGCUCCAUCAUCUCGGCUUAUCGAAUGAAACCUCCAAAGAAUUUGUGACUUGCUACAUCCUGAAUACACCAGCAAACGUCCAUGUUGUGUCUCUUCCCUAAAACUGGAGUCUGUCCUUGCUAAAGAACCCGAGGGGAACACAAAAAAAAUUAGGCAGUCGUGGGGUUUUUUUGGGCCCUUGUUGUCAUUCAUUCUGGAAUCUGAUGUGAAAUAUUUCUAGCUUUCAGAGACAAGAAUGGUUCCCAAACUUUAUGUAUUAACAUGCAAGCAAUAAUGAGUUAGGGUUGAUAGGAGCAGUGGUGGUGCAGUGAGGAGGAGGAGGAGGAGGAAGGGGGAGGUUUUUGUCUACCGUUGAAUGAAAACAAAGAUUGUUUUUCAGAUGAGAGAUUUUGCCAGCAAAGCCCGUGUAGUUUAGGAAUUGUGUUUCAAACACGUUUCAAGGGUUUGAGGGUCACUAAACGGCAUAAAUGAUCAUGCAAUUGUCCAGUUUGGGAAAGAAAAACACCAAAACUGCGGUUGUUUUCCAUGACACACUGUACAGAGCUUGAGCCUCUCUGCAUCAUCAAACAGCCUUUGACCAAAAGCUAGAGGAAUCAUCCGCUUUCACGUUUACAAUUCUUUUAAUUUAUUAAAUUAUUUGUUUGAAGCCCGCUGUGUUAAGCCGGAGAUAUUAUUUUUACGCAGCCAUUGUGAAGCAAUAUGAUUUUUUGCAGCAUCUUAUGUUAAUGUGACAAUCUUAUCUGUUUGUGUGAAAAUGUGACUUCUGUUCAUAUGAACAUACGCGAGGGAGAUGAGGUCAUUUGCAUCGACUGUGACAGCUCUCCCUCAUAAAACAUGUGGAAAAUAUUCUUUGUAGAAGGGUUUUUAACUUGAAGGUCAAAAUGUUAACGCUGCAAAAUGUCUUUUUGUAAUAUAAAUUGAAAAUGCGCUUCAAAAUUUAGCUUUUGGAGAUACUUUUAGGGGUCACGGUUUGACUUGCGAAUUGGAAAUGUUUAGAAUAUGCCUUAUUGUCAAUUCAGUGUACCUUUAUGGGAAAUGGAAUCUGCAAAGAAAAGAUAAUUAAUGUGAUGUUUUAAAUACUGUAACAUCUGGUGUUCUGAAAUGUGAAAGUAACCUGUCCCUUCAAAAAAGAGAAAAAAAAAAAUCUUCCAGAGAUUUGGGGCUAAAUCAAACAGGCCUUCUCAUUUCUUGAGUUGCAUUGUCAUUUUUUUUUAAAUGUAAAAUUGUCUUUUGUUGGAAUAAACAAAAGGAGUUAAUAAUAUGCAGUAAUGUAAUGUUGCCAUCCUCUGCAGUAGUAUGGAGUGGACACACACUGGAGGAUUCAUAAAGGACUAGUUGGAUAUUCUAUUCUUAAAUACACUUUGAUACCACUUGUGUGUCUGUAUGCUAAAUACAAAGUGACAGCUUAGCUUAGCAUACUGGAAACAGAAAGAGCUAGCUUGGCUCUGUCCAAAGGUAACAAAAUCCACCUACCAGUACCUCUAAAGUUCACGUGAUACUGUUUUAUGUGGAAUUGUGUUCUGAAUUAUUUCUUGGCCAGGAGAAGCAACUUCCUUAAAAUGUCAAUCGAUAUUUUUUAAUGUUUCAAAUCAUUAUGUGAUAAUGAGAAAGGGGUCGUUCUUAGAGUUCAAACUACAGAGGCUCAUAACCUGAAUCUGCAGUUACGCUGCGCUUUAGAGCAAGUUUCUGCUCAUGGUUUCUUUCCAGCCGCAAUUACUGUUUGGUUCACUCUCAUAGUGUAGUUUUUCAGCCAGAUUAGGCAGCUGUUUUCAGAGACAAAGCUCUAAAAAAACCUACUGUUCACUACCCGCUCAGCACCAAACAGCAGACAGAUUCAGCUGGCAACUAGCUGGUGGACGUAGUGGAGCAUUUAGCAGCUACAGAGCCAGCUAUUUCCCUCAGGAGUUGGUAGACAUCUGUAACUGCUGAAUGUUUGCUAACAAGUUCGUUUUAUGCUGCCCCCAAGUGGCCUAAUAAUUCAGUUAUUGCAGUUUCCGAUUGCCUGGUAACCGCACAGCGACAACCAGACAGAAAUAGUCUGGCACAGACUUUGUUUUUUGUACAUAUUAAUCUAAGUAGAUAUAACUGUUAAUUAGUGAGGUGGUAGGUGGAUUUUAUUACCUUUAGAGAGUUUGCGGUAACGUUAUUAAUCUUUUUCCUAUCUGCAAGAAAGAAUCUGCUUAUUUCCCUAAUUAUUCCUUCAACAGUCCCAAAAUAAAUGAGCAUAAAAACAUUAAAUCUCCAGGUGUGUUUCCGCCCUCAAGAGGAUUCACUGUAAUGCAGUAAAGAUGUCAGAGUGUCUUUCAUAACACAGGAUUGCACUCCAUGUCACUCUAAACUUCUUAAAAGGGAAUUCCACCAAAAUGUUUUUAUUUUUAAUAAAGUAUUUCCCAAUGUUUGCCCGUAUCUUUCUCCUCUUUAAUGCUCAAGAUGAAAAGAAAAAUAAAUUCUCAAGUCACCUUUGGUGGAAUCCCUUUGAAUGAAGCAGCCUCAUGUGCCACUGUUAUUGUUGCAUUAUGUCUGCAGUGUCAAACACUGACCAUUUGACACAUGCUUAGUUUUCUCAGCAUUUUAAGACAUCUGCAUGUUGAGCCAUUUUGGUAUUUUUGUAUUUGUUUAUUUUUUUUCCUGACUGAACUGUGAAACCAGGGGAGCUCAUAACUCUACACUAAUUCAACUUCAGAUACAAAACAUUUGACUGACAGAUUGUUCUGAUGCCAAAAUCAAGAGGCCUUAAUUCAGCAAAACUAGAUUGUAAAAAAAAAAUGUCAUUCCUGACAAAAAAAAAAAAAUCCAACUGAAGACUCCUUUGACCUGAAAGUCAUGAGUGAUUCAUAUAUGAAAUGUUAAGAAAACCGCUUUUGUACUCAUUUUUACAGACUAUUUAUUAAACUGUGAUUUUGUAAGAAAUAAAAAUAAAAAACCUCAA